GAGACAAAGAUAUAGGGAUGGUGUCAUGUAGCUUUGUGCAUCUUUGCUGUGUAAUGACCCACAGUUCUUGAAUUGAAAACAAAGCUAGUGCACCACUGGUGUUGGCUUAAAUAUUUUACUUACCAACUGCAUUUCUCUAAAACGACAUUAGAAGAUAACGAGACACUGGGACACUAUGGUAUAACGGACGAAUCCGUGGUACACCUUGAAAUUACCUCACCUAAUGACACUCCACAAGGUACACAGCACUAGAUUUAAGCUGCAUUUCUUAGGAUGGACGUAACAGUCAUGUGCAAUAGGUAGUUCCAGAAGUCAAAGUAGUUAUUGAAGAUCCACAGUUUCGACUUUCACAUAAUAUUGUAGAAGCAGUAUGGUUACCUUCUUCAACCUCUUCACUGCCCCAACCAUCUAGUCAGCCUUCUUUGGAUCAGAGAGCUAGAGCAAUUACUGGAGUGGUGAUAGCUUCCAUAGUUGGAGUUGGUCGCAAAUGGUUCAAGAAGAUUACGAACAUGGGAAGGCAGCGUACUGAGGCUCCUGAACUAUCUCAGCGUGACCAACUCAAUGACGACCCCAGGGUGAAAGAGCAGAGUCAGAUGGAAGAUGACACCAAGCGAACUUUGGUUCUAAACCUGUGGCCCGACGGUGACGAACUGGAGGAACUACUUUACGAUGGGAACCCCGGAACCAUCCCUGAGAGUGCUAAAAAAGAUGCUCACCAACUAACUGCCCUCAUAAUGAAGGACAACUGCCAGUUUUUCUACCUCGUUCGCCGCGUAAGUCGAGAGGAACUCCGCACGACGAACGAAACGGCUUGGGAACUCUUGAGGGACUUCAACACGCGAUCAUUCCCUUCCAAAGUACUUCAUAAAUUCAUAGACGUGUGGGUGUUUGACGAAAAUGAAGUAGAAGGAGGAUUCCCGGAAUUGGUCCCGGGGCCGAUACUAACGGUAAAUGUGUCCCUGAACAAGUGGCGGGGGAAUAUGAAGGGAUGUGCGCAGUGGGUUCGUUCGAAAGCCCGGACAAACAUUGACAGUCCUGACGGAAGGUUCUCGCCAAGCCACACUCUGUCGGCCACAGAAAGCCCGCCAAGAGUCUCUUCGGUAUUGACCAACUCAGACCAAAAUCACACCCCAGGUCUGGUACCGGAAGCCGCUGAAGUACAAACUGCCGCAGCACCUGAGCUUCGUCAAAGUCCUGGACCCCAUCCCCCGCUCUACCAGCAACCACGCAAUCAGGAUUCAUCUCAAACCCCUCACCAGCAAUCACCUCCCAAACAACUGCCACCUCCGUACAACAACGGCACACAUCCAGAAACUGACACUGGGGGAUUUCUCAAAGAGAUUCUUUACGUACUGAAAGAUAUAAGAACCUCCGGAGGAAGAACUGCUACUGCGGCUGAACAAAGUGCCCAGAAUACAAGUUUGAUGAGAGAGAGACAAGGGGAAACACUGGCACUUACAGAGGAAAUCCAUGACACAGUCACUGCACCUUCGGAGGACACUCAUGAGGCGACCUAAUGCACACACAUCACCACUCACCACCUGCACUCUGUUUUCUCCAGUCUGACACUGUAUAUCAUCAUCAUCUGCCGACAUCAUCACACCUUUUUCUUCGACUCUUUUUUGUUUCACAUUCUGUAAAAAGCCCCUUUUGUUUGUUUGUUUGUUUAUUGUGAGCCUUGUAUACAUGUGAU